CCAGAGACGGAAGAGGAAGCGAGACAACCCAUUCGCUGUUUUAUUUAUUUUUUGUCAAAUGACAGUCAAUGACCUAAGUAGACCAAACACAACUGCUAUUGCAUUGGUGUCUAUGGGAGACCCACCCCGUUAAGUCGACCGGAACUGAUCAUUAUUUUCAAUAGUAAACGGCCUGAGUGAACUAUCUUCAUUUAUCCGUCGGCGCACCCAUUCACUUCUUCUUUCGGCUCGAUGUAUUUAUCUUCUGUGAUCAUGGCUGCGAUAGAACACAAGCCAUGUUUGCUCAUUUGAAACCCGAAGGUUAGCGAAUACCUGUUUAUUUACGUCACCUGUACCUACUUCAACCACAUCAGUGCCUUUGAAAUCCUAGGAUUACAAGAUGGAGGCGAACAACCAUUUCAACUACGGCACCCACUCCUCUGUGUCUGUUAACUCAGGACUGAAACUCUCCUCAGGGGAUUCUGUCUAUACUAACGGGUCCUCCAUGAGUUUCCCUCAGCAGGAGAAGAAUAUGAACGGUGAAAUGAAUGUGAAUGGCAGCACUACUGUAAUUGGGUCCAGUGUGCCUGGCUCCCACCCACCAACAGCCCCAUACCCUCAUAUGAGCAACCACCACCACCAGAGUAGCAUGGGCUACGACUACCUGUGGGGAGGACAGCCACAGUACAGCCCAGCCAUGAGCUUGUCUCCUGGGCAUGGCAUGCACCAGAAGCAGCCUCCCACUGGGGUGAUGCAGCAACAGAGCCAGCAGCAUUUCCAGGGUCACGGACAGUACCUGCUGAAUGGGGGCAUGCCUGGGUCCCGUCAGCCGCCCCCACCAAACAUGACUCUUACAGGGGGCCAGUACUGGAACAGGGUUAACCCGGGACAACAGCAGAGCAGUGCAUCCAUGGCAGUAGGGUAUAACUCGCACAGCGUGUACGGGGCCUACCAGUGCCAGGUACACCCUGGGAUUGCGCCCUCACAGCAUCACCAGCAGCAGCCUCCACAGCCACCCCCUCACCAACAGACACAGCAACACCACCAGCAGCAGCAACCUCAGCACUACAGCAUGGUAUCCAACGGGAUUCCCUACUACCAGCCCCAGCACCCACCUCUUCCCGCUCCACAACCUCAGGCUCAGAUGAUGCCCCCUACCUCCCAGAAUUUCACCCCUCCACGGGGAAGUCCCCAGCACCACCAGAUGGGCCGGGGGGGCACAGGCAGCCCUCUCCCCAUGGCGGUGUCUUCUGUCUCCAUGAUGUCACCCUCGACAAUGGCGGAUAGUGGAUCGCCCCAGAGCCAGACCAGGGAGAGGAGUCCCCAUGGUGGUUCUGUAGCGAUGCCGGCUGUCAUGCAAGGGCGGAUGAGUGAAGCGUUUAAAGAUGUGGAUAAAGGCUACAAUGGGAUGGAGAGGGCGUCUGUCGCCCAGCGGCUGCCUAAAAGCGACAGCUACCCUCCCAAGCUCCAUGGACCUCCCAUGGGGCCCACCAGUGACUACUGCCAGCGCUCCAAGCAGCCAAUGGUCCAGCACCAUGAAAUGACAACCUUAGCGAGGGAGUCUGCACUGCCUGAGCCUCCACACUCAAUGUCGGCACCUCCCCCUGUAGUUUCCACAUCUUCAGCUAAGGCAGCAACCCCUCCUAGGGUCUCCUCAGCUGCACACAAGCCUAAGAUCACAAUGCGCAAUGCCAAGCGUCGGCUGGAGUGGUGUAAAGCUCGCCGCCAUUGGACUCUGGAGCAGUGGAAACGUGUUCUCUGGAGUGAUGAAUCACGCUUCACCAUCUGGCAGUCCGACGGACGAAUAUGGGUUUGGCGGAUGCCAGGAGAACGCUACCUGCCUGAGUGCAUAGGGCCAACUGUAAAGUUUGGUGGAGGAGGAAUAAUGGUCUGGGGCUGUUUUUCAUGGUUCGGGCUAGGCCCCUUAGUUCCAGUGAAGGGAAAUCUUAAUGCUACAGCAUACAAUGACAUUCUAGACGAUUCUGUGCUUCCAACUUUGUGGCAACAGUUUGGGGAAGGCCCUUUCCUGUUUCAGCAUGACAAUGCCCCCGUGCACAAAGUGAGGUCCAUACAGAAAUGGUUUGUUGAGCUCGGUGUGGAAGAACUUGACUGGCCUGCACAGAGCCCUGACCUCAACCCCAUCGAACACCUUUGGGAUGAAUUGGAACGCCGACUGCGAGCCAGGCCUAAUCGCCCAGCAUCAGUGCCUGACCUCACUAAUGCUCUUGUGGCUGAAUGGAAACAAGUCCCCACAGCAAUGUUCCAGCAUCUAGUGGAAAGCCUUCCCAGAAGAGUGGAGGCUGUUAUAGCAGCAAAGGGGGGACCAACUCCAUAUUAAUGCCCAUGAUUUUGUAAUGAGAUGUUCGACGAGCAUGUUAUGUACGGAUCCGCAGUCUCCACUUCCAUUUGCAGUGCUACACUCUUGGCGAGUAAGCUUUCAUGAUUUGAUCUGAUGUACUGUAUAGUAAUCAUUCUCAGCCUAGGAAAGGAGUACAAGCAGUUGUCAAAUGUAAUGAAAUAUAAUUAAACAGAGUAAUCUGCCCCCCCCAACCAUUUACAUUUUCUGUUUGGUUCCCUCUUGUGAUCCGCCUCCUGUGGCAUAUAGAUGGUGAUCAGAGAAACAGUACAGUGUUUUUCAGUACCUUAGCCUUUAAACUUACAUGUUUCCCCUUUCCUCCUCACCUGUUAAAUCUCAAAAAGUCUAUCAAUGUUCAUAAGAUUUGCAUGUUGUGAAAUUCUUUCAGGCAUCUGACUUAUUGUUGCUCUCAAAAAUACAUUUUUUUUAAACUAAUUCCAUAUUGAUUUGAUCUAACAGCAGAUCACAUGAAGGCAAAUUGAUAGGAGGCUUGAAGCUCGGUUUGACAAACAUCUGGUUGUUUUUGUUUUUUUACCUUCAAGAAUCUUUCCAUCUGUUUAGAGUUGUGGCAGAGUACAUUACAAUACUCCUGGGUCUUGUGUGGUGAGGGGGUUGAUGGGGGGGAUAUGACAUGGUAAACCUGUGUAUUGACCAAAUUAAACUUGCACUGUCAAGAAAAUAUGAGGUAAAUGUGUAGUUAUUGGUGUGUAUGUCAAACCUGUAAAGUUAUCACAGGCUUAAGCACUUCAAAUGAUGUUGAGUUACACUGGAAAAUAAUUUUUUUGUAUACAUCUUUCUAAGAACUAAGACUCGUGUUUCCCAUGGUGCAAGUGUUUGAAGACGGGCUAUGCAUGUUUCUUGUCAAAUACGUUUUUGAGAAGACACUGCUUUCAGUGGUGUGUGUGACUUUUCAUACAUUUCAAAUGGAAAUGGGAGGACAUGGCAACUGUACUUCAUUAAUCACUGUUUACCAAACAAGUUACCAAGAAAACUGCAUCUAGCGGUGUUUCUCAACAUUCAGACAUCUGAUCAGCUGCUCACUGAUAUAGGUAAAUAUAUAUCCUAGCGGCCUCCCGAGUGGCGCAGCAGUCUAAGGCACUGCGUCACUACAGACCCGGGUUCGAUCCAGCCGUGACUGGGAGACCCAUGAGGCGGUGCACGUUUGGCCCAACGUUGUCUGUGUUAGGUGAGGGUUUGGUCGGCCGGGAUGUCCUUGUCCCAUCACGCUUUAGCGACUCCUUGUGACGGGCAGGGCUGACUUGGUUGCCAGUUUCCUCCGACAUAUUGGUGCGGCUGGCUUCCGGGCUAAGCGAGCAGUGUGUCAAACAGUGCGUCUUGGCAGGGUCGUAUUUCGGAGGACGUAUGUCUCUCGACCUUCACCUCUACUGAGUCCAUCUCCAUACGGGAGUUGCAGCGAUGGGAAAAGACUGGAACUACCAAUUUAGAUAUCACAAAAUUGGGGGUUAGAAGUAAAAAAUAAUAAUUCUGGUCCAUGUUUACUUUAAUUUAAUAUCACCCACCCUUCCCUAUAAAGCUAUUAGCUCUGUGUCCCAACUCCAGAGGGGGCCAUAAAUACACUAGCGCUUGCGUGCAUGCUAGUUCCCUUUACAGUUUUUAUUUCUAGGCUACAUAACCUGGUCUAAUCAGUGUUUUUGUGAAUAUAUUGUAUCGUUGGUUAUCAAAAUAAUCUGUUAUUUCAGUAUGAAAGUUGGACAUUUUCUUUGUUGUGAAAUAAUUGAGAGGAGAUUGACAUCACUUCCGAGAUGCGGAUGACCACCUGCUACAAUAGGAAAGGCUGAAAGAUGGCCACCGAGAACUAUGUUUGUACAAAAACCAUUCAAUGUCAAUAGAGUUUGUGUACAAUCAUUAUAUGCCAAAUUGAUUACAAUAAAAUUAGAACAGGUCCAUAUAAUAAACCGCCUACUGCGUGCAGUUCCAGUGUGAAGGAGAAAAUGUGGUUUCUGUCACUAUAAUGUAAUAUUGUUAUUGUAGUACAUGGCACUACAUACAAUUUCAUUUGUCUGGGUAUUUUUAUUGUGUAUUAAAUGACACCCUCUCAACUCAGCAUCA